GUCCGAGCUGCCGCGAGGUGUGCAGUGCCACGCAACCGGUGCCGUUGUCGACAGAGUGCGCGUGAGACGGUGCCGAGAGAUAUAAGGGCCAAAGCCGCACGGAGUGCCUACAGUUCCGCCCGGAGUCGUGCCGCGCGCCGAGAAUGAAAUUCAUCCCUCGUCCGACACAGUACGACCGUGGCAGUAGAGGCAGCGAUCGCGACGUCAGUAAUAGUAGUAGUAGUACUAGUAGUAACAGUAGUAGUGACAAAAGUGGUGACAGCAAAACGAGCAGGACGUAUAAACGGCAGGACCACCGAAUACUAUAAUAAACCGUCUCUUCUUUUUUUUCCGUUUCUUUCCCGCACACGCGCGCGCGCACACACACAGAGAGAGAGAGAGAGACACAUACGUGUACGUACGUACUCGACGGCGAAUUCUCGCGAAUUUACACGCACGCGCCCGCGUGCCGGGCACGCAGCUACGAACGUUCGCGACGCCGGUGUCACACGCCGGGCUCGCGAGAGGCGCGGCAAGGGAAUAAAGCGGGGACAGAGAGAGUGUGCGGAUGUAGGGUUGAGAAGAGAGAGAGAGAGAGAGAGAAUUAGGAUACAGUUUGUAACGUAAUCGGGAGUGGUUUUUUUCCGCCCUCGGAGUGCUUCCGCAGUGUGGAGUGUUAAUCGUCGAUACGAAGAUUUUCUUCCUAACCCCCCCUCGCCGGUGGUGGCUCCGCGCAUACCGGCGCAUUGACAUCGAGAUCGAAGAUUGAAACAAGAUUACAAAUGGAAAUGGCGAGGAUGCUGUGCCGCCCCGUGCACUCGGUCGACACGGACUGGUCGAGGAUCGGCCGCCGCGAGCAGUCCCCAUUCCGGGAUCUGGGAUAUUACAAUGUUCUACUGUCUCAACUGUCACAGCUGCGGGAGCUGCAGCGGGAGGCGUGGGAGGCAGAGCAGGAUCUCCUGUUGGGGACUUUCGAUUUUCCCUCGCGGAUCGAGCCGAGGGUCGCGAGAUCUCGCGCAGACGACAGCCGCGCGGAUGACAGCCGCGCCGGUGCGCGGCAGAACGAGCAUCCUUCACAUCACCAAGAUUUCGAAAAUCAGAUUAACGCCGGAGUGGAAAUUCUUGGCCGGGAAUUGCAACGGCCUUUGGAUACAUCGGGCAGGGAUACGAACGUCCCUUUGCAAUCGCAGUUGCAGCCGCAGCUCCAGUCGCAGACUCCAACAUCAGAAGCGCGACCGGACCAAACGUCGAAUGAGGCCGCAAGGGAAGAUCAGCAGCGGGGCGCGGUACUGGAGUCGAAGACGGACUGUCUGACGAGAGGCUUGGACAACGAGAUGUUGGCGGUCUCGGAAUGGAAGCAGGAACUGUUCGAGUUACCGGAACGGGACCUGCUUCUGUCACAAUCUGACCUCGACUCGAUGUGGGGCGAUCAAUAUGCCAAAGAUAUAAGUCUCCAAAUAUCCGAGAAUCCCGACUUGGAGUUCGACUUCAGGGACAUCUUUACAAAGUACGAAUAUCGUAACGUACUGCUGUCCGACUCCGCCCUUGGCACCCUGAGGCCCUUCAGUCGCGAGGUGCAAAGCCAGCGCGCGCCUGCACCGAACACGGCCAACAGGAGUCUGCUGAGAUCGCAGCAAAGUGCCAACGGCGCGCUUCCGUCCGCGCAUUCGAACGACUAUCUCACGAAUCUGUGGGACGGCGAGGAGGAGAUGCCCCAGGACGAGCCAGGCACGAGGAGAACUACCAUACAGGACGACCUGCUCUCCUGGGGGCUCCCGGAAUCUCUCACGACACUGAGAGAUUCGGAUUUCGAAUCGGGGACCGACGAGGAAACGGAGGCGAGCGAUUGGCACGAAGGGUCCGAGAACGUCACAUCGGACCAGAGUGGGGAACGGCUGCGGAUGGACAACAGCCCGAGAAGCUCCCUCAGCGAUCACACUUACCACCAGGUGAACGCGCCCGACGACGAGGAACCGGAAGAAUCGGAUUCCGAUCCAAGGCAAAGACAUUUUUCUGUAUCUCGAGGGUCCUCCGCACUGACGGUCUCCUCAUUGAGAACAAAUGAAGACAUCGAUGUGGAAUCGAUAACGCCCAGGCAGGAGAGACCGGCAGCGAACUACAAUUUUGCGAGGCGCCAGCCGACCGCGUCCCAGCGAACGUCAACUAGCACUCGCGCGAGGCAAAUCGCGAACGUCAACGGGGCAGCCACUACCAGCACCGCCGUCCGCCGUCCUCGUGGCAGACCACCGGGCCCGAAUGCCUUAAAACGAAAGUCUUCGGCCGAUCAGCCGCAACCCGGCCCAUCGCAGUCCGGCUCAUCGCAGCCCAGCCCAUCAGCUCCGAAGCGCGCUCGCGUUCAGAACUGUCACCAAGCGAUCCAGCCGACUAACCCGCGAUCUUCGACUUCUCGUGAUCUGGAGGACACAGACAGGAGGAGGCUCCACAACGACAUGGAGCGGCAGCGGCGGAUAAGUAUGAAGAACCUCUACGAAACGUUAAGAGUGCACGUGCCGGAAAUCGCCGGCAACGAUAAAGCGUCGAAGGUGUGUAUCCUGAAACAGGCGAAAGCGUGUAUUAUGACGUUGAACAAAGAUUACAGCCGCUUAGACUCUAGGCGCGAAAUGCUGAAAAAGCAGCAAAAGCUCCUGCAGGAAAGGCUCGAGCAAGCUCGAAGAAGGAAGAACGGUAGAGUUUAGGGUGUCAAGCGAGAAAUCGGAUGGUGAUGUCGUUUAAUUUUUAUUCUCUAAAAAGAGAAGAAAAUUAUUUUAAUUAAAUUUCAAUUAAAAAUUAUGAACGACGAUCCACCCUCGUGACGUAUAAAUUAUACAUGACAUCGACGUGUAAAUUAAACGGGAGACAAAAAAAUUGUAAAGUCGCGGUAUGCAAAGGACAAUUGUUCUUAUACAUGUGUAUCUGUUUUAUUACAUACAAUAUCAAUAUUUUUAUCAAAUUUUUAUCAAUAUUUUCUAAAUAGUCAUAUCAAUUUCUGGAUUGAUGCGUUACUUUUCGAGCAUUGUUAUCAGCAAAUAUACAAUUUUGUCAGUGUAAUAAGGCAGAUACACACUAUGACACAAUAUGUACAUACUAUGACAAUUUUAUAUUGAAAAAUUUCUCUAUUAACUUUUAAUGGUAAAAAUUAUCAGUUUUCGACUUUUGUAUGACUUAUGUUGCGCUAAUCGUUAUCCUAACAGCAACACUAGUAAAUUUUUUUAUUAAAUUUUUUUCAAUUUUAUGAAAUUUUUUUAAACAGUUAUAUGCAUCUUUCACGUUUUUGUAUCUGGACCGGUUCUACUCUUUUUUGUACAUUAUAUAUAUAAAUGUGUAUACGUAUAUAUGUAUAUAUGCAUUGUAUAUACAUAUAUGUACAGGGUGACUUAAAACCGGCCACUUGAAUAACAUUGACAACUCUGAAGACAGGAGAAAAUGUUCGAAGUAAAAGUUGUUCGAUAUUGAAAAACUGAUAAUUUUUAACAUUAAAAUUAAUGGAGAAAUUUUUCACAUUUGCGUUAAAAAAAAAAUAAUUUGAUCGGCACACAAAUCCCCUUUUCCGAUUGAUUCGGAUUAAAGAUAUCCUUUUCGAAUCGAAUCGCGAAAAAGCGUAAAAGAAGGAAAAAAAAAACGCCAUCAGUUCGCGCUCUUUAAACCGAAUGCCAAUUGUAUUAUAUAAUUAUGUGAAGUGGAUAGAUAACGUUACUUAAGCCGCGAUAAAUACCUGAGAUCCAAGAUUGUCUCAGAUUAUUCGCGUUUCAUUCGACGAUUCGCUUUCCGCCUUUUGCCACACGGCCCUCCCGCGACCUGUUGCACGCCGACGAAUCAUCGGGGGAGCCGCAUAUUUUAAUUUCCGUCGCGCAGAUAAAGCGGAUCGCAAACGGGCAAGUCGGAGGUCUUAUCACGAUAUUGCUCAACAACCUGACUACCGGUUCCCAACCGGUUCGUCUUAGGGCGCGCUUCGAACUCCGGACCGGUUCUAAUCGUUCUUUGCAUUCAUUUUGUAGAUGUAUACA